GUCUAUCAGUGCUCUAAUUGCCGAUUUGGAUAUCGUAUUUCUUGUCCGACGCAAGCGGCCAUCGCAAACCACUGCACACCGACGGGCAAUCCGCACACUUACCGCUCUCCCUUAGCCGAGUCCACCUCGAAGCGCCAACACCAUCACAAUCAUAAUCACAAGUCCAACAACGAGGUGGACCUCUUCAACACACCUCUGAACUCCCGCGCGUAAGAAAAAGAAGGCAAAAGCUCACAGGGCCGCGCGCUCAGAGCACCACGUACAAGAGAGAGCAUGAACAACUACGCGAGCAGCACCAUGAACGAGUACAACGCGUCAGCGCGUCCGGGUUCGGCGCGGCCAGGCACGCGAUGGGCUCCUCCGAUACGGAAUCCCGAACUGACGGAUCCGUGGGAGCAAAUAAGCGACGAGCACCGGAACGAAAUAAAUGAUUGCUUCCACCUCUUCGACAUGAACAAAGACGAGCAACUCGACUUCUCCGAAUUCCGAUACGCGCUGCAAGCGCUCGGCUUUUCAAACCUAUCGCGACCAGACCUAAUCGCAGCCUUCAAAUCCGCGGCGCGGCCGCGCGCAGGCUGGACGCCUCUCCCGUCCCUACCCAACCAACCUCCUCCCGCGACCGCCCCGGGCGUCGUCGACCUACGACUAUCACGCGAAGGCUUCCAGGCGGUGGCGGCGCGGUACGUGGCGGCGCGCGACCCGCGCGAGGAGCUGCUCAAGACGUUCGCGCUCUUCGACCGCGGCGGCAAGGGCGUCAUCACCGUCGACGACCUGCGCGGCGUCGUCAAGGAGCUCGGCGAGGACGUCCCCGACAACGAGCUCCACAGCAUGGUCGAGCAGUUCGACGUCGAGGGCAAGGGCGGCGUCAGCCGCGAGGAGUUCCUCGGCAUCUUCCUCGACAGGUGAAACACCCCUCCCGUCUCGCGAGAUGAGACGUGAAGUGCCGUGUGUGCAACGAGAUGAGGGUUGCUGAGAUGUUCGACGGCGCCGUCUGCUCCGCUGGCCUUGGGGAGGAAGGAGGACGACGGCGUCGGUGA